AUGGACCGUCUCCCCGAUAAAUUGCCCUUCUCGAAGCGCCGGCUGCGGCCGCGAGUGAUCAUUUCCUAUAUCGUUGACUAUGUGAUCCUCAUCGCCCUCGUCAUCGGCUUCUGGAUCAUCGAUCGAAUCGAACCAUACCACCAGCGCUUCUCGUUAAAUAACAUCUCCCUCCAGUACCCCUACGCCGUACACGAACGGAUAUCGAUCUACGAGGCCGUAGCCUGCUCCGGAGGAGGACCGCUCAUCAUAAUUGCAAUCUACACGCUGUUCAUCGACGGCCUAUUCUCGCACAAAAAGCCAAUCAAUUCAAAUGGGAAGAGGAAGUUUACCGGCCCAUACCGGUGGAAGGAUAGGCUUUGGGAGCUGAACUGCGGGUUUUUGGGUCUGAUUCUCUCGCAGGCGCUGUGCUUUGUUAUCACACAGGCGUUGAAGAAUGCUUGCGGCAAGCCCAGGCCGGAUAUCAUUGAUCGCUGCAAGCCCAAAGCUGGUAGUGAAGAUGCGAAGCCGUUUGGGUUAUCGGAUUAUAGUAUCUGUACAGGGGAUCCGCAUUUGCUGAAGGAUGGGUUUCGGUCGUGGCCUUCUGGGCAUAGCAGCUCUUCCUUCGCGGGCCUAUUCUACCUCUCCCUCUGGAUCGGCGGAAAACUCCAUAUCAUGGACAACAAGGGCGAAGUCUGGAAGAUGUUCCUAGUGAUGUUCCCCUGCCUCGGCGCGACGCUAAUCGCUGUAUCCCGAAUCAUGGACGCGCGACAUCACCCCUUCGACGUAAUCACCGGCUCCCUGCUCGGCAUCCUCUGCGCCACCAUCUCCUACCGCCAAUACUUCCCCUCGCUCGCCGAACCCUGGAAGAAGGGACGCGCCUACCCGAUUCGAUCCUGGGGUUCUGAGCCAACGUACCCAGGCGAAACUUAUGGCCAGACAGACAGCACUGCUGCGCUGAGAAAUCCGGAAGAAGAGCGAUUGCGCGUGCACGAGCCCGAGAACGGCUCGUCUGUGAAUCCGGAACCGAUCCCUCAUCCUCAGGCGUAUCCGCCGGCGCAUAAUCCCUUCGUGUCGAAUCCGUAUCAUCGCCAUCACGACGGGAAUUGGUCCUCGUCUAGUGAGGAGGAUGUUACAAGUGGGUACGAGAUGCAGCAAGGCUAUGCGCGGACGCAUAACCCCGGCCUCGGCGGGCAACUCCCGACGUACGAGCCUGGUAUGUCAUAUCGGUCUCAGACGCAGCUCGCAUCGGGGCCGGGUUCGAGCACGGGACCAAUGCACCCGGAGGCUGCCAUGGCGCCUGCUCCUGCGACACGAACGCACGAUAACCAGUUCUAA